AUGAUCUUAGAAAUCGGACAGGCCUUAAGUGUUGAUACACCGUACAAGUCAUUCUUGAAAUCGGCGGUUACCAUCAAGGCUGAUAUCUGCCUUCCUUCCACCAAGGGAGCAGUAAAACAGAAUUCCCUCCGAAAAUUCCACAAGAUCAGCUGUGGCUGGGAAAUGACCUGCCCUCUCAGAUGUAUGGGUGGAAGAUUGAGAACAACUGCCUGGUUCCAGUGCAUAGGGAUCGAUGGAGAAGAGAUAGAAAACGAGGACGGGGAUGAAGGUCCUUCUCUUCUCACCCCAAGUGAGCAACAACUUAACUCAAUGGAAAUAAUUGGAUUACUGAACAAUAAUACCAAAGUUUUGAAUCGUGUGGUGGCCGCGACGGGCGUUGGAAAAAACACAGUAACAUUAAUAAAAAAAGAAGGCAAUGUCGCCAGAGCAAAUUCUUGUAAAUUGAGCACACCUAAAAAAGGAAAACGAGGGCCAAAAUUUAUUUUGGACAAUUUCGACAAAUGUGCCUUGCGAAAUAUUAUAACAAAUAUGUAUCGACAAAAGAUUGUUCCAACUGUGCAAAAAAUUUUAACUCAAGCUCAAUUAGAUAUAAACUUUCUUGGUCAAAGAACCACAUUAUUAAAUAUAAUGAAAAACCAUUUAGGGUUCCGCUUUAAGAGGUGCACACAGAAACGGUUAGAAUUGGUCGAACAACCUCAGAUUAAAGCUUGGAGAGCCAGGUAUCUAACAAGAAUCCGCGAAAAUGAUGCAUUGGGUCCUAAUAAAAAACUUGUAGUUUAUUUAGAUGAGACCUGGAUACAUUGUCACUACACCGUGAACAAAUGUUGGCAAUCAAUGUCCGAACAGGGCAUUCGAAAAUAUGACAGUGCUGGAAAUCGGUGGAUUAUAAUCCACGCAGGUUCUGAAAACGGUUUUGUGAACGGAGCAUUAGCUAUUUGGAAGGCUAAUUCCAAGAAAGGGGAUUAUCAUGGUCAAGUAAAUACCGAAAAAUUUAUUAAAUGGAUUACUAAUAACUUAUUACCGAAUAUACCACCCAAUUCGAUUAUUGUAAUGGACAAUGCUUCCUAUCACAGUACACAGGUAAAUAAACCCCCUAUUUCUCGAGAUCGGAAAGACGUAAUGAAGGAAUGGCUUAAAGCACAUAAUAUCGAGUUUUCUAUGAAGGACACGGUUUCCAUUUUAUACGAAAUUAUAAAUAAAAAUCGCCCGCCUAAAGAACAUUUAAUAGAUAACCCACACGGUCAUGAGGUACUUCGCUUGCCACCUUAUCACUGCGACCUAAAUCCGAUCGAGUAUAUAUGGCAUUUAGUUAAGCAGAGAGUAUCUCAAAAAAAUGUACUACAGCGUGAAAAUGAGAUUGAGGCCAUAACACUAGAGUCAUUAGCCUCAAUCACCGAGAACGAUUGGAAAAAAGAGGUGACUCACGUGAAACAUAUUGAAAAUGACUACUGGCUGAGAGAAAACAUGGAAAUUCCUCGAAAUGAAGUAAUUGUUAACACUGGUGAUGAUACUGAGAGCUCUGAUGACGAUAGCGUUAUGACUGAAUAA